AUGUCAAAUCAUUAUAGUGAACACUUCGCGCGCAUUGAAAAAUCUUGCGGCUCUUUAUUGUGUGAAUUACAGAAAAUACGGGGUGAAGUUGGAGAGGCUGAUGAUGAAUGGGAUACAACGCUUUUUGAAGUUGAACAAGAAUGCCUCCAGGUCUACAUGAAAAGAAUAGAAGAGGCUAAAGAAUGUCGAACUAAAUUGCAACGAGAUAUUACCACCGCCAUGGCAGAACUUUCAUAUAUCUUUACUUCUAUGGGAGAGAAGUCGUAUGAAUUGAAGCCUGGUGGGAACAUGAUGGAAGAACUCGAAACCCUUAUUCCACUGUUGGAGGAUAUGCGUAGGAAGAAAGUGGAAAGAAUUAAUCAAUUUGUUGGUGCUGUAGAGCAGAUACAAAAACUAUUAAAUGAGAUUUUGGGGGUUAAAGAACAAAAUGGAAAUAAGGUGUUUGUUGAUGAGACCAAUCUGUCCCUAAGAAGACUUGAAGAAUUGCAUAGUGAGCUGCGUGAACUUCAAAAUGAGAAGAUCAAUCGUUUGAAUCAGGUUCAAGGCCACCUAUAUACUAUAAGCUCAUUGUGCACAGUUCUUGGUAUGGAUUUCAAACAAACAGUUUGCAGAAUCCACCCUGGCUUGGAUGAUUUGAAUGUAGUAAAAGAUGCAAGUAACAAUACAAUUGCAAGGUUGGCUGCUCAAAUUCAAAGCCUGCAGGAGCUAAAGCUAAAGAGAAUGCAGAAGGGCCAUGAUCCACCAAUACUCUAUUUCCGCAAAGAAAUACUCGAGAAGGUGGAGAAGUGGUGGGCUGCUAGAGAAGAAGAGAGCUGGUUGGAAGAGUACAAUAGGGAUGACAACCGUUAUAAUGCUGGAAGAGGAGCACACCUAAUUCUGAAACGGGCCGAGAAAGCUCGAACCGCUGUUAACAAAAUUCCAGCAAUGGUGGAGGCUUUGACUUCAAAAACUACAGCUUGGGAGAAAGAGAAAGGGGCUGAGUUCUUCUAUGAUGGAGGACGACUUCUUACUAUGCUCGAGGACUACAGCAGCCUAAGGCAAGAAAAAGAAAUGCAGAAGCAGAGACACAGAAACCAAAAGAAACUUCCCGGGCAGCUGAUGACAGAGCAAGAAGCACUCUAUGGUUCAAAACCCAGUCCGUCCAUGACCGGCAAAAAGGCUUCUAGAACUCCAACAACCGUUGCCAGUCACAGGAAACUCUCCUUUGGAGGAGCAAUACUUCAGCAAGUAAAAACUGAGAAACCUGUUAGCCAUCUUCACCCCAAUAAGAAAGCUGAUUAUAUGAACGAAAACAGCGUGACAAAUCACCAGAGAUCCACUGGCUGUACAACUCACUCAGGAAGGAGAAACUCGAAGGUUCCUGGUCGUGUAGUAAAAAAGCAUCCUCUAAGUGCAGCAAAGAUGCGUGUGAUUGAACCACCGGCAGUUCGAAAGCCUCUUUCUUCUGUUUGUUUUGCGGUGAACAACAAUGCUAACGGUGUGAAUCCCAUUGAAGAUCAGAAAAAAGUGGAGAAGGAACAAAUAUUUAGUCCUGGUUGUAAGGCACCGAUGGCUAAGGCUUCAAAGACAACUUUGAAUGAAGAUGAAAAGGGAACCCCUAAAACGAUGCCUAUCCCAAUGCCAAAAACUCCUUCAACGGUGUCAGCUCCCAUGCUUAUGGCGAUAACACCGGCUACGCCAGCAACCUUGGCUGCUUGUAAGUUUGAAAAGAUUCUUGAACAAGUUCAACACAUUGAAAACUCUUCUGUCUUAAAGCUCCAAAAAAACAAGCGGUAA